CAGAUUUGGGCAGUGUAGAACUGCUUCGGCCAGGUGGACCUGUCCUCAAACAGAACCUGCAUAUAGUGCUGGCACAAAGUCAACUAGACAUAUCUAAACCAAGGGAAAGUUUGAAGGUUUACAGCAUUGCAACCAGAGGAGAGGGCAUGGUAUGCUCAUAGCCACUUUUGAAAAUGCCCAAGAAGGAAUCAAAGAAGGACACAAAGAAGGAUAAGAAAGAGGAGGAAAAGAAAGCGAAGGAAGACAAGAAGGGAGGAAAGAUGAAAAGAAACCCAGCAAGGAUGAUAAGAAAGGCGGAAAGGAUGAUAAGAAAGGGGGUAAGAAGGGAAAGGAAGAGCCACCCAAGGGGAAAGAUGAUGGAAAGAAAGGAAAAGGGAAAGGUAAGAAAGUGGACUCCGAGGAGGAAGAGGAGGAGCUCCUGAGUGAGGAGGAUGAAGAGUUCAGUGAAGAUGAGGAAGAGGAAGACUCAGAAGAUGACAGGAGAGGAAAGGGGCGAGGAGGCAAGGGGGCUAAGGGAAAGAAAGGGGGGAAGUCCAGACAUGGGGACUCAGAAGAGGAUUAUGAGGAGGAUGAAGAAGAAGAGGAUGAAUACGACGAAGAGGACCAUGGCAAAUCGAAAAAGAAAUCUAAAGACCACCAUAAAGGAGGGAAAUCUGAUGCCGAUGCCAAAAAGAAGAAAGGCAAAAAGAAAGAGGAAACCCCGCCGAUUCCGAUUAAGGAACUCCCAAAGAAAGGUCUAAAAAACAUGUCAAGGAUGUUCAUGAAGUUUUCCGGCAUGAAGAGACGCAGGAACAGCAGGAAGAAGCUGAAAAGCACAUCACGUUUGUUCCUUGGGUUGGGUAAGAGAAAGAACCGCCUGGCUAAGAAGAAACGCCGCAAGUCCAUGCUGAAGAACACCUCUCGAUUCAUGAUGAGGUUUAAUGUCAGCAAAAAGAGGAAAAAGGAGAAGGAGAAAAAAAUGAUGGAAAACGAUGGGAACAAGCCCACCUAUAUGCUGCUGCGUCUGGGAGGAGGGAAAGAAAAUGAUAAGAAGGGCUUCUUCAAAAACUUAUUUAGAAAGAAUAAAGGUGACGGGCCGUCUGACGACUUUAAGAACGGCAGCGCGUUGCUUGGUAAGGUUGCAGCAGCAACUAACUGGUUGACCAAACGCUUCCUGUCCACUAAAAUACGAGACGAUGCCGGACAACAUGGCCGGGGGGGACGUAGAUCACAUACCCGACAAGCUAGCUCCAGAGGUCGUCUUCAUGGUAACCACAAUGGUGGUUAUGAGUACGAGGAGGAUGCUUAUGGUUACGACCAGCACCAUUCAGUCCGCCAGAAGUAUGGAGGCUAUGAUGAAGGUCAUGCUGGUUAUGGAGAUGAGGCAGCAUAUGGAGACCAGGGUCAGUUUGGUUACUAUGACAAUGGAGCAGGAGUAGCAAACCACCAAGACCUGGGUUACUACGAGGAAGAAGGAUUCUAUGAUGCAAACGCAGAGUUUUUUGAAGAUGAUAUUUACGAUGAUGGCACUGGGGAAUACCAUAACCAUUAUCCCUCGGCCCAGGGCUAUUAUAACAACCAGCAACAACAGGCAAUGGCAAUGUAUGGUGACGAGGGUCUAGACUACUAUGCUCUGAUGGGGGAAGACAAUGUUUAUGUUGGAGAGGUAGAUGGAUACAUCGACCCUGAGGCUCAGGGGUAUUAUGAUGAAAAUGGUCAAGUAGUUUACUAUGGUGAGGGACAACAGGGUUACUAUGACAAUGGACAAACAGGUUAUUUUAUGGACCCUUAUGCAGGAACUAUGGGAAUGCAAGGAGGAUUACCACCAGACUAUCAACUUAGUUAUAGUGAUGUUGGCGUGCCCUACCAAGACUACAGCUCCCAGCAGGCCUUUGGAGUCCCACAAGGAGGCCAGCAGGUCUUUGGGUAUGAAGGGCAAGGAAUAGAUCAGGUACAAGGCAUGUAUGGGGACCAGUAUGCAGACCAGUUUGAUCAGUUUGGGGAUGACACUGGUGGAGUUCAGGGAGGGGAGCUGACAUUUAGAGUUCCCAGACCUCAAGUGCGCCUUUUUGGGAAAGAGCGUCUAGAUGUGCCUCUGCACCCUCCACCUACUUUGCCUCCUGAUCCAGAAUUUGAAGACAUGUCAGAUAUCCAGUACGAAGACCAGAUCCCUCUUGCACAAGGUCAAUACGGUGAAAUGUCAAUACAGCAACAAAUGGGAAUGUCACCACAGCAACAAAUGAUGAUGUUUCCUCAUGAACAAAUGAUGAUGCCCCAGCAGAUGUCACCACAGCAACAGAUGAUGUCACCACAGCAACAUAUGAUGUUACAAGAAGAACAGAUGAUGCCCCAGCAAAUGAUGUCCCAACAACAGCAAAUGAUGUUACAACAAGAACAGAUGAUGCCCCAGCAAAUGAUGUCACCACAGCAGCAAAUGAUGUUACAACAGCAACAGAUGAUGUUACAAGAAGAACAGAUGGUGCCGCCGCAAAUGAUGUCACCACAGCAGCAGAUGAUGUUACAACAAGAACAGAUGAUACCCCAGCAAAGUAUGUCACCACAGCAGCAGAUGAUGUUACAACAUGAACAGAUGAUGCCCCAGCAAAUGAUGUCACCACAGCAGCAAAUGAUGUUACAACAUGAACAGAUGAUGCCCCAGCAAAUGAUUUCACCACAGCAGAUGAUGACUGACCCGAUGAUGAUGUCACAACAGGGUUAUGGUUCAGUGAUCCCUACUCCAACUGCCAUGAUUAUUAAACAAGCAGGUUUGUCCCCCCAUUCUGUACGGCGCCUGCAACCACCCUCUCCGACUCCCUCCCGCCGCUCUGUCAUCAUGACAUCCCCCCAGAUGCAGCGUCAUCCCUCUGCCAUGGCUUCCCCAGUACCUUCUCCUAUGCUUCCACAGAGACGCAGCCUCUCCCCACAACCAUCCAUGAGGAGUGGGUUCAUAAAUACCCAAAGAACCCCCUCUGUAAUGUCGAGACAAAUCUCACAUCCUUCCUCCCCUAUGGCCUCCCCCCUUGCCCGUCCUAGAAUGCAACCUCAGAGAUCACCAUCUCCUCUGGCUCGAGGACCCUCACCCCCUCACUCACCCCGUAUCUCCAUGAUCCGCAGAAGUACUCCAACCUCCCCAAGAGCAUCAAUGAGACAACGUUCUCCACCUUCCUCACCCCGUGCUUCAAUGAGGAGGCGAAGUCCACCAGCCUCACCCACUGCAGCCCGCAGCCCGCUUGGAGGGAGAAUGUUGCGAGGUCCACCCUCCCCUCUCCCUCCUUCUGGUCAUGCAUCUCCCCCUCACUCUCCACAACUCAGUAGAAGACCAUCUCCUUCUCCCUCCCUAUCUCGUCGCAGUUUGUCUCCUGCAGGGCCUCGGCCGGCCCAAUCAUCUCCUACCCUCUCCCGUCGCUCAACACGGGUGCUCAGGGACCCCACACCAAUGAGCCGGCCUAGGAUGGGGGGAAAUGUUCCCUUAGGCACCGUCAGGCCCUCGCCCAUGGGUCUCCGAGGGCGCCCUGUACCCCCACCCACCCAGAAUGUGCGUCCAUUCCGCCCCUCGUCGAUACGAAGCAAUAGAUCAUCUGUUCUUACAGUGGACUCCCACCUCUCUUCCCCUUUUCACUCUCCUCACAUGGUCCACCGUGCUCCCUUGGGGAGGCGAGAAUCUGGUCGAUUUCCUGCUCGCCCUGUGGCUCGAGGACGUCCUCUCAUGGCCCAGCAGUCUAUAAGAAGGAUGCAUCCAGCCUCUCCACAGCCCUCCCUUAAACACAUGCCACAACGUACAUCCCAGCGCUUGUCUCCUAGACUUUCUCGUCAGUCCUCACAAUCCCCCCAUCAUCCCUCUUACGCACAAGAAACGUAUGUUAGAGACCCCUAUGCUGAUCCUUACACUGAGCAGUCACAUCAUUAUGCAGUCCCCACUUCUCCUAUGUUAUCGGGUGCUUUGCAGAAUCAGUCUAUUCGACAGGCAUCUUUUGCUUCUCCCUUUGGCCCAGGGCCAGCCCAAAUGGUAGACAUGGAGACCAAUGUCACCUUAUGA